AUGGGGAAGAAGAUGCAGGCAGAAAAUGCUGCUGGAACAUCUUCGACCUGCUUCUUCAAUUUCAUCUUUUUCCCGCCAAUCCAUCAUCUCUGUGCAUCAAUCUGUUCUGGUGAUAAUUUUUCUCAUGCUCGAACAUCUGCAUCUGAAGAUGACGUGGUGAUUGUGGCUGCAUACCGAACUGCAAUCUGUAAAGCAAAGCGUGGGGGCUUCAAGGAUACCCUUCCAGAUGAUCUCCUUGCCUCUGCUUUGAGGGCUGUAAUAGAAAAAACAAAUGUGCACCCAAGUGAAGUAGGAGACAUAGUUGUUGGCACCAUAAUUGCACCAGGAUCAGAACGAGCAAUUGAGUGCAGGAUGGCCGCCUUCUAUGCUGGCUUCCCUGAUACAACGCCACUCAGGACUGUCAAUAGGCAAUGUUCAUCGGGACUUCAGGCAGUUGCUGAUGUUGCUGCUUAUAUAAAAGCUGGUUUUUAUGACAUAGGAAUCGGAGCUGGAUUAGAGUGUAUGUCUCGAGAUAAUAUUACUAGGCUUAGUAAAAACAACCCAAAGUUGGAAACUUUUGAACAAGCUCGGGAUUGUCUUCUUCCUAUGGGAAUUACUUCUGAGAAUGUUGCACUGCGUUUUGGUGUCACAAGGCAGCAGCAGGACGAGGCUGCUGCUGAGUCUCACAAGCGUGCUGCUGCUGCAACAGCAUCUGGUAAAUUCAAAGAAGAAAUCAUUCCAGUUUCUACAAAGUUUUUGUAAAAAGUGGGGAGGAGGAGAAUAUUAUAGUUUCUGUUGAUGAUGGCAUCCGGCCAAAUACAAAUUUGACAGACUUGGCAAAACUAAAGCCUGCCUUCCAGAAGGAUGGAUCCACAACUGCAGGUAAUGCAAGCCAAGUCAGUGACGGUGCUGCUGCGGUUCUCCUCAUGAAAAGAAGAGUGGCGGUGCAGAAGGGACUGCCUAUUCUUGGCAUAUUCAGGGCAUAUGAGGAUGCUUCAGCCGUGAGGGAGAGGCUCGUGGACAACGCAAUAGAGAGGGAAGACUUGCGAUUGACGGCACCAUUGAAGAUGCAAACUAAGAUGAGAUUGACGCAUGCAACAGUGAUGAAAAACUAAGGCUACAGAUUCUAAGGGGAUUGACUGUGGAAGGCGAGUCUGAAGAGUGCUUUUUGAGACGACUGUGGAAGGCAAAUUAAAAGAGGUUUGAAUGAAUAAUUCUCCUUGUUGCCACUUGUCAAAAAAAGAAUCUUAUAUCACUUGUAAAAAGAAUUAUUGAAUAUAAUACGCAUAUUGCUUUUCCUCCUCACACAUCCUUUGCUUUUAUCACUUGUAAUUUAGGAUCCAUGUUUUAAAGUCAUGUGGAUGACCAAUGUGGGAUUUUAAUCUUAAUGAAGGAGGCACUUUUACCA